AUGGCCACGACGAAGCUUGUGACGCUUGCGAUCAAGACGCUUGCGAAGCCCAUAGCGACGCAGUUGAAGCAGAGUGCGGUGCAGCAUGAGUCGUUCCGCAAGAUUUGCAUCGGACUCGCGCAGUAUAUCCACCGCAGCGAGACACGGCUCCGUGCGAACCUCAUGCCAGGCUCGGACCUGAUCAAGAUCCGGCCUCUGAACGACGCCAAGGCCAUUACCAACGGUGCGAAUGCUAUUUCCGAGGGGUUCCUCUUUCUCGUCGCCGCGUCACUCAUUGUCGGAGAGUCGUACCGCAGCUCGCGAAGCCGCGCGAACAAGCACGGAAAGAUGGAGGACGAGAUCGACGAGCUCCGCAAGCAGAUUGCCGAGCUCACCGACGGCGCGGGCGCGCCGCUCCACGAAAACAGCCUGCACACGGACGACCUCACGCCGGCGCCUGUCCCAGCCGAGGUCGCCAAGGUCGGCGGCGACCACGAGGCGCUCUACUCGUUAAUGGAGUCGGUCAAGAUGCUCUGGAAGCUUGCCGAGCGUAAUGGGUGGCUCGACGACAAGCAGCUCACUCAGGAGCUUCAGUGGACGCUCGACGGACCGGCGGAAGGGCCGGCGGAAGGGCCGGCGGACGACAACCAGGCGAUGGCCAAGUCGCAGGCGCCAAAGGACGACGCGCCACCGCGUGCGCCGCCUACGCCCUCUGCCACGGCACAGCAGCUUGGCCGAGUCCGUGCGCAGGCCAUUAUUGACGAGAUCCGGCAGCAAACGGCACCUACGCCGAUCCAGAUUCCCAAGAUGCCAUCCCCGUCCAGCCAACAUGCAUACUUCGCCCCGGCCUCGCUCCUUUCAUGGCUCCCCUCUUUCGACGGCAUUAAUACCUUUUUCUCGUGUGCCACUGCGCCGAGUUUUGACUUUUCGCUCCCGUAG